GGUAUCACGUGGAAAUAGUGGUAAAAUUGACGGUGUAAGCUGCAUGUUCGUCCUUUGAGAGAAAAACCUACAGAGAUGAGACCGUUGUUUAUAAUUUGUGCACUCUUUAGUGCAGUUCUCUGCGAUCCAACUAUUUAUUUUGAAGAAAAAUUUGAGGAGGAUUUUGAAGGUCGAUGGGUCUCCUCAACCAAAAAAGGCUCAGAUCAAGGGAAGUUUGUGUGGACAGCAGGGAAAUUUUAUGGAGAUGCCGAAAAGGACAAAGGUAUCCAGACAAGCCAGGAUGCCAAAUUCUAUGGCCUUUCAGCAAAGUUUGAGAAACCUUUCACAAAUGAAGGCACGGAUCUCGUCAUCCAGUUCACUGUGAAGCACGAGCAGAACAUCGACUGUGGUGGUGGAUAUGUGAAGAUAUUCCCCAGUGACCUGGACCAGAAGAACAUGCAUGGAGACACCCCGUACUACAUUAUGUUCGGGCCUGACAUUUGUGGACCAGGAACAAAGAAAGUGCAUGUAAUUUUUAAUUACAAAGGAAACAAUCUUUUGACAAAGAAAGAUAUUCGUUGCAAGGACGAUGUCUUCACUCAUUUGUACACUCUAAUCGUAAAGCCAGACAACACUUACAUUGUGAAGAUAGACAAUGAGAAGGUUGAAAGUGGUGAUCUAGAGGCGGACUGGGAUUUCCUUCCAGCUAAGAAGAUCAAGGAUCCUGAUGCGAAGAAGCCUGAGGACUGGGAUGAGCAUGAGAAGAUUGAUGACCCUGACGACACUAAACCUGAGGAUUGGGAGAAGCCUGAACACAUUCCUGAUCCAGAUGCCAAGAAACCCGACGACUGGGAUGAUGAGAUGGACGGAGAAUGGGAGCCACCUAUGAUUGACAACCCCGACUACAAGGGUGAAUGGAAACCAAAGCAGAUUGACAACCCUAACUACAAAGGAAAGUGGGUCCACCCUGAGAUUGACAAUCCCGAGUAUAGCCCAGAUGAAAAUCUAUACAAAUAUUCCGAUAUUGGUUCUAUUGGUUUUGAUUUAUGGCAGGUGAAAUCUGGAAGUAUUUUUGACAACAUUUUAAUAACAGAUGAUGAGAAAUAUGCUGAAGAAUUUGGAAAAGAAACAUGGGGUAAAACAAAAGAUCCUGAGAAAAAAAUGAAGGAUGAUCAAGAUGAAGAAGAUAGGAAAAACCGAGAGGAAGAAGAAAAGAAAAGGAAAGAGGACGAUGAUAAGAAAAAAGAUGAUGAAGAUGAGGAGGAGGAGGCUGAGGAAGAAGAGGAGAAAGAAGAUAAGGAAGAUAAGGAAGAUAAGGACAAAGACGAACCUCGUGAUGAAUUGUAACCAAUUUGUCAUCUAGGAAAUAAGAUCACUUCAUUCAGCAGUUUGCCAAGUAAUAUCCUACAGUUCCAACAGCUAGGACAGAAGUCUUCAAAAUUUAUCAGUGACGUUUCUAUUCAUCACUCAUCAUAGUCAUGUUAUGUUUUGUUAUGUUUAUGGGUAUUUAUCCACUGACUUUGUUUUCCAUGUACAAGACUUGGAAUUGUCAUAAAAAUUGCCAGUUGCAGUAAAGAUAGUUUCUUUCAUUAGAUUGGAAAAUCUUUCAGGUUUUAUUUCAUUAGUUCCUUGAGUGGAUGAAGUGUGAAAGUUGUUGUUGAAUGAAUGCAUAAAUAUAUUUUGGUGUCUCUAUAGGUCAUAUGCAUUAAGUAUACAAUGUUUGUUUUUGUCUCCAUAUUUUGUUGCCUGUGACUGGAUUGAGUGGGGAGUUAGAUCAGGAGAAAUUAGAAUUGGCUGUGUUUAAUACUACUUUAAUACAUCUUUCUGUACAGUUCUGUACUGUACAGGGAAUAUUUUGUAUCAUAUUGUUGAUGUAUAUAUUUAUACACAUGGCUUUUGUCAUUGUUUGUGGUAGGGUGUUCAUCCAAAGUCCGUGGUAUUAAUAAAAGUCCACUUUUUGCUA